AUGUCCUCCCUACGUCCCCAUGGCAGCAGACCGGAUUCGAAGAGGCUGGGGCACAAGAUGGCACGACGCGUGGGGGGCGAAUGCUCCCCCAAAAGAAGUAAAACAUCCCUCAAUCUGGUGACAGGAGUCUACCACUAUCUUCGUGGCGAAAUUGUUUUGGCUGUGGGAGGGGUGGUGUGUAAAUGGGCAGACGUGGUUGGAGAGGGGGGCGUUUCCACUUUUGGCAGAGUCUAUGAGCAAGAGGCAGUGCAGAAGAGGACUUUCACUAAAUGGAUCAAUUCCCACUUGGCAAAGUGCGCGCCCCCCUUGGUGAUUACGGACCUGUUUGAAGACAUAAAGGAUGGGGUGAUGCUGUUGGCGCUGCUGGAAGUGCUUUCUGGACAAAAACUGCCAUGUGAACGGGGCAAGAAACUCAAAAGGAUCCACUGGGUCGCCAACAUCGGCACUGCGCUCAAAUUUCUGGAGGGGAGGAAGAUCAAACUUGUUAACAUCAACUCCACUGACAUAGUAGAUGGAAGACCAGCCAUUGUUCUGGGAUUGAUGUGGACAAUAAUUCUCUAUUUUCAGAUUGAGGAAUUAACCAGCAGCCUACCAGCACUCACGGCCCAGUCCAGCAGCACUUCUUCCUUGGACAGUUCUGCCAGCAGCUCUGAGACCACCAGCCCACCUGUCAAAAAGAGACCCUUUCCACCUCCACAGGGCGGAGCAAGGAAGGCGCUCCUAAAAUGGGUCCAACAAACAGCAACUAAGAAAAUGGGCAUUGAUGUCAGAGACUUUGGGCCGAGCUGGCGGACAGGUCUAGCCUUCUUUGCAGUGAUCCAUUAUCUUCGGCCGAAUCUUGUCGAUAUGGAGCAAGCCUGGGGGAGACCCAACAGAGAAAACCUGCAGGAAGCCUUUCUGUUGGCGGAGAAAGAGCUGGGAAUUCCUCAGCUGCUUGACUCAGAAGAUGUUGACGUGGACAAACCAGAUGAGAAAUCUAUCAUGACAUAUGUUGCCCAGUUCUUGAAACAUCAUCCGAAAGAGAGUGAUUCAGGAGGCACACAGGAAGACGAGAGAGAGCAACGCAAGAGCCUGAGGGAGCUGAAAACGUGGCUCGACCAGCUGGAUCGAGACGCUACGCAGGCCCAAGAGACGGAGGCCAAUCUCGCCCUGCAAUACCAAUUAUUCAAGAGUUUGCGUGUCCAGCUGGAGAUGAAGAGAAAGCAGGUGGAAAGUGCGCUACAGUCAACUCAAAAAGAUGGAAUGCUCACUGUCGAUCAAGCUUUGGUCAAACAAGCCUGGGAGAAAGUCUCCAACAGGUUGCUGGAUUGGCACUUGAAGCUGGACCAGUGCCUGCCAGCUCCUCUGGACCAGGUCGGUUCUUGGCUUCACCAGGCUGAAGGAGCUCUGAGACACGAGGUCAUUAUGCAGCAGGCUCACGAGCAGACAGCGGACACCAUCCACCGAGCGCUGGAGCAGCACAAGGAUGUGCUGAGGAGCCUGGAAAGCCACAAACAGGACCUCCACAAAAUCCAUAAAGACAGGAAUGUGGGUGGGAUCCCUGUGCCCCCAGAUCAGCUACAGGACAUGGCGGAAAGAGACACGUGGCUCUGUCAGCCUUUGUGUGCUACCCCAAUGGAAGAUGGAGAACUUGGGGUACGCCGGUUUAUCCGGGAGGUGGUGACCCAGUGGAGGAGUCUGUCCAUGGAGGUGCGCAGUGUGAGGAGUAUGUUGGAGGAGGUGCUGGCCAAUUGGGAGAGAUACAACGCCACUGUGGUCGUGCUACAAGCCUGGCUCGACGAUGCUGAGGCCGCUCUGAGCCAGCCAGAAAACACUAAAAAAGAGUUUUUCAGGAAUCUAAGCCAGUGGAUGGAUCAGCAUUCUGCUAUGAACGAUGCAGGGAAUUUUCUGAUUGAAACGUGUGAUGAGACAGUAUCUCUUGAUCUGAAGCAGCAGCUUUUACUGAUGAAUGGGCGCUGGAGGGACCUUUUUCUCAAAGUCAAACAAUAUGCUCACGCCGAUGAACUGGAAAAAUACAGAAAGGAUCAUCUUAAGACAAUUUCAGCUCUUAAAGAACUUCUGGACACAGGAGAAUCCAAACUUAAUACUCCUGUUAAUGUGUCUUUCUUGAACGUGAGAGCGUUUCUGCAGGAUGUGGAGGAAACAAAGCACAAGGUUGUAGCCAUGGAAACUCAAUUCAAACUAGCCGCCCGCAGCGCUCAGCUCCUCACGAAGGAUGCCCCACAGGAUGAAGCUGCUCGGGUACUGGCAACGAUGGCCACAGCCAAAAGUCAGCUUAGUAAGGUGAGAGAGCGUUGUCCCUCCCUGGUGAGAGAGUGCCAUGUCCUUCUGCCGUUGCUGGAAGAAAUGGAGAAACACAUCAGUGCAUUUUACCAGGCCCUGGAGCGAGCGAGCUGCAUCACGUCAGCAGAGAGGGACUCACACAGCCAGGCCCAGCACAAGCACAAGUGGCAGGAAUUGCUUAACCAGCAGCAAAGUUGCAAGCGCUGUCUUUCUGUGAUCGAGAAAAACAACCAUAGCCUGCAGAAGACAAUCUCCUCAAGCAAAGUGCUGAAAAACUUCAACAUGUCCAUGCUGCAGAAGAGAGUGUCUGAGAUCCAGGCUUCAGCUCAGACCUUACUCAAGGAGAUCGGGGACUGGAGAAGGCAAGAGGAGGCCAACAACAGCCUAAGAAGGAGGUUUGAAGAUUCCCGUCAGGAGCUGGAGAGAAUAUUGAAAAAAUCCCAGAGUUGUUUGAGGGAGACUGGAGAUGCGGAGGACCUGCUGAAAAAACACACAGAAGUGUUCAGUCAGUGUGACCAGCGACUGUUAAAUGUAUUUCUGAAAGCGUGUGACGAGCUAACAGACAUCCUGCCGGAGGACGAGCAACAGAAUCUACAAGAGACUGUCAGGACAUUGCACAAACACUGGAAGAAUGUCCAAAGUGAGAUGCCGACUCAACUUUUGCGUCUGAAAGUGGAAGUUGAGCAAAACCGCGUGGCUUCCAUCCUCCAGGACUGCAGAGCUGAGCUGGACAGAGAAAUGCAAGCUCUGUCUGGGACAUGCACCAGCGAACGGUUGAUCAAAGAGCACAGGACUUUCUUCAGGGAACGCAAACCUCUGACUUUAUGCGAGAAGCGGAUUAGAAGCAUGGAGGAUCUCUGUCAGAAUCUGCCUGACAAUGAUGUUGCUUAUCGGGUCCUUGACUCCACCAGGGGCGCCGUGGAGGAGGUUUCAGAAAGAAUCAAAAGCACCUACCUCAAAUUAGAGCAGGACCCCGAUAAGUGGAAAGACUGGAAUGAAAGGUUUUGCGACCUUUCUGAUUGGGUAUCUUCUCAAAGAAGACAUGUCAGGUUUCUGAAGGAGUCGGCAAGGAAUUCAAGUGAUCAUGCUCAAGUAGAAGCUGCUGUUCAGGAGUUACAGGAGGCUAUUGAAGCUCAAGAGGAGUGUCUUUUGUGGCUGAAGACGCGUCUCUCUGGCCUGUGUGAAGUUACUUCUGAACUGGAGGUGCAGAGGCAGAGAGCGUCUCUGGACAAACUCUCUACAGAUCUACGUGCCCUGUUUUCUUCUCUCUGCCAGUGGGAUGAAGAGGGCUCUGCGUUGGUUGAGUCUGGCGAGCUGAAAGAGGAAUUACAUCGAGCUCUUGAAGAGAUGUUGAAACUACAGAGGGAUGCUGAAGAUGUGAGCAACCGACUCCUGGAGGCUGAAGAUCUGGAAGAAGCCAAGCAAAUUUACCUCAUUCACCAGCAACACAUGAAGCGCCUGUACUCAAACCGCAGAGAGGCUGAGCUUCUGUUGCCGCACUGCCAGCAGCUGCACAAAGAGCAGGGCCUGAGCGCUUCUGUGUCGGAGCUGGAGAAAACAAUCCGUGAGGUGGACAGUCACUCGGAGGCAGAGCAGCACGACCUGCAGACCAUACUCAGCUCCUGGCAAAUAUUUGAAUCUGAAAGAGAGAUGAUUUGGGCGUUCAUCAGCAACAUCAGCAAUGAGCUUCACAAAGAGCUCAUUUUCAACAGCCUGGACAGUCUGAGGUCCGAGCUGGAGCACAACAAGGAGCAGUGUGCCGAGGUGGAGGAAUUUUCUGUUAGAGCGGAUCUACUUUUGGAGAAAGCCACAGAUUUGCAUUUGAGUGCCAAAACCCAAACUCUGCUUUUACAGCAGGCUCAGACCACGAGGGAAGAGGUCGCACAACUUCAUGACCACCUGAAUAAAAUUGUUUCCCAGCUGGAGAUGAUGUGUCUAUGGUGGCAGCGCUUUAGCAAUGAAUCUAAAGCCUUUUCCAAUUGGAUCAAUAGGAAAGAACUGGAACUGGGGGCCAUCAAUCCCUCCUCAACCUCAGAGCCUUUGGAUGAGAGCAUCACUGCUGUGGAGGAGAUUGCUGAAGCUCUGGGUGAAAAAUGGGCCGCCAUCGCUCACAUGGAGGCAGACUGCGAGUGCUUGUCCAAGUUUGUGACCCCUGGAGAGGCAGGACGCAUCCGGGCGCGACUGACACAGAUGAAGAGAUACUGGGACGAGCUGAAAGGCCAAGUCGACCAAGUGGGAGGACAGCUGCACCAGAGCGCCACCUACAGGCAGCGUUACAAUGACAAUUUGCAACAGAUUAAGAAAACAAUGACUGAUUUGAAGGAGCAGUUGGACUGUCCCAUCAACAACUGUUCAUCUUCUUCUGAAACCUACAAAUGCCUCCAGGAUCAUACGGAAGUGUGUCGAGCUGUCGAGCAGCUGAAGCCCAGACUGAUGGCCCUGUGCUCGGCCUUGAAGAGAUUCAAAGAAGGAGGGCAACUGGAGGAAGAGGUGGUAAACCUCCAGAAGCAACAGGCUCAGUUCAUGGAGACUGCUUUAGAAAGACAAUCUACUCUUGAGAGUUUGUUUGCUCUGUGGCAAAGGUUUGAAAAGGAAAGUUUGUCAAUGAAAAGCUGGCUGGAGAGAUGUGAGUCACUGUGUUGUCCAGACACAGACCUCCUCUCUGCAGACAAAGUGAAAAUAAAAAAUGAACUACAAAAUGUGCAGGAAAUGCAGCAGGAAACUCCAUCUUAUGAGGCUCUUCUCUUUGGCCUUUUAAAUCUUGGCAUUUGUCUAUAUCCCACUGCACCUGAUCAUCGCACAAGAGAACUUAAUGAAUACUUAACAGGACUACAGCAAAGGAGCUUUUCUUUAAAAAAUACAAUCAGCCAAAGGUUACAGUUACUCAAAGUACAACUGUUGAAACUCAAGGAUUUUGAUGAAGCUUUGCUGAGUGUGACCCAAAGCAGUGAACAUUUCCUGUCGGAGUUGAGAGGUUCAAGUCUUGUGGAUAUUGGAAAUCUGCAGACUUCAUUUAAUAAAGUCAAGGAUUAUGAGACACAGUUGGAGCAGUUGCAGUCGCUAAAAGAAAUUUUAGAAGAGAAAGUGUCAUCUCUGCUGCUCGGCUCCAUCCCCGAGGCCCAGCAGCAGAUCCAGAACUGGAAAGAGGACAGCCUACAACCCCUGCACGAGUGCCAGAGACUCUUGACCUCCCACGGCGAGUGCCUGGCCGAGCUGAAGGUCUUCCUGGAGAAACACGCAGCGGCAGUUACAGUGGUGCGCCAGAUCCACGAGGCCGUAGAAGGUCGUGGAAGCUGGGACCGCUGCAAAGCUGAAGAACUGCAUCAUGGGAUAGGGGAAGUGGCGAAAGACGUGGCGCGACUGGAGGGAGAUGCGGUCGGAUUAGACGGUCAGUUGAGCAGGAUACACCUUCACUUGUCCGGGGCAGAGUGGCGUGGUCCGAAGAACCCUGGGCACCCGCAGGGGAGGACGUCUUGCCGAGGUCAGACGGUGGCCUUGACCAUGGCUCUGGAGGAGGUGCAGAGAGGUGUGGGCUGGCGACAAAGUGAAGCAGAUGCUCUCGGUGCCCUCUGGAGCUCCUACAGGGACAAGAGGGAGGAGGUGCUGAGCACUCUGAAGAAAAUGGAAGAGGCACUGAGACGAGAGGACGCCAGAGAAAACACUGUGCAGGCAUUUCAGAACAGGCUGCGCUACUUCAUCCAGCUGGAGGAUGAGCUCCAGUCCCUGCAGCAUUCCCGACAGUGGCUUCAGGAGAAAGGCAGCCAACUGGCCCAGAGAGACACAGAGCUGUCUGGGGAGGCUCUGAGGGAGGUGGCUCUGGUAGAGUCAGCCUGGGACAGCGUGAGAACUGCCAUUUCAACUGGCCAGAAACAAAGUGGAAUUUUGGUAGAUCUUCUUCGGCAGUUUCACCAUUUGAAGUCAGCCCUGAGCACUGCUGUGGAAAGUGCACAAACUGUUGCACACAAUCUGCCAGACCACAACCACAAUGCACAAGAGGCCAAGUGGAUUUACUCACGGCAUGAAGCAACCCAGGAAAACCUUAAAGAAAAACAAGAAGAAAUGGAUCAGCUCAUCAGUAUAGUAGAGGAUCUACAGAGAGAGCUCGAGAAACUCCCAAAUCCAGACACAAGCUCUAUACAAAGAGAGAUGGAGGCUUUAAGAGACCAGUGGCUCGAGGUCUCGGAGCGCAUUCAAACCAACACUGAAAGACUAGGAUACUGUGUUUCCCUUUGGAACGACCUCAAAGCGAUGGAGCAGGACAUCACUGAAUGGGCUGCCUCUUCCGUCACUGAUCUCACCGACUGUGUCACAAAUCUGAGCGACAAAGAGAAGACGGAAAUGCAUCUUAAAGCUUUUCAAGCGGAGGUAGAGAAACGAGAGCAGAGCCUGGACUCGCUGCAAGAGCAAGUGACAGAGCUGAAGGAGAGGGCCAAGCUGCAGGAAACCCCAUUACAAAUGCAGGUUCUAGAAUCUGACCUGAGAAAAAAAAUGGCCCAUGUUCAGGAGGUGUACAACCAGGCCAAACACACUCUGACCUACUUUAGUUUCCAGAAACAGAGACUCGAGGACCUCAUGUCCCAAAUGACUGAGCGGCUUGAAGCUGUUGAGGGCUCUUUAUCCAACCUGGCUGACGCUACUUCCCUGGAAGACAUGGGAACAGUGAAGGAUUUGCAGAGUGUGUUGCAGCAGCAGAGGGCAGAUAUGGACUCUGCUCGCGAGGCCCUGAGUACACUGAGCAGGUCUCAUCCCUCAGAGGAACUGUCCCGUCUCUCUUCUGACCUCACAUCCAUCGCCAAACGAACAGAGACAGUGGCCCAGCGCUGCGCCAAGACCAAAGGGAGUCUUCAAGAUGAGCUACAGAUUCACUUUAAUGAGCUCGUCAGAGAUCUGCGUUCCUGGCUUGCGGACCAGAACUCUGAAUUAAAAGAGUGGUGUAAUCAAUCUGGAGAUGCUUCUGUCCUGAAUGCAAAGUUGCACAGGCUAAUGGUGUCAGAGGAGCAAACUGCAGAGGGAGACAGACGUCUGUUUCAAGUUUCUGAGGAGGCUGAAAGGCUUCAGCUUCACCUUUCAAAAACUGCAGCUGCUCAAGUCCAGGACCAUCUUGCUACUUGCCAGAGAGAGUGGAAAAACUAUUUAGACAACUGUUCCCAAUGCCAACAAGAUCUAGAGGACGCUAUUGACCUCUUGAGAAAUUUUGAUGAAAGUGUGAUGCAUAUCAGAACCUGGCUGAAGCAGACGGAGCUCAGCCUGAAGUGUGAGCCUGCUCAUGGGGAUGGAGAGCCGCAGGGGGCCCCUGACUCUGCAGAAGAACUGGAGAAGGUGGAGAGAGUGCACAAUGAGCUACUGGAGAGACGGGAGUCCAUUGAGCAACUGUGUCAAGAGGCCCAGUCUCUGUCAGAAGCUGGGAGGGGGUCAGGGGGGGAGGUCAGAGUGACUGGACAGCUCCAUAUGGAACACCAGUCUCUGCUGAAGGCAGCCAGAAAAAGACUAAAAUGUUGCCUGGAGAGCCAGGCCUUUGCAGAGACCCUCCAGGGGGUGUGGACAUGGCUAGAGGAGAUCCAGGAACGACUGGGGACAGUGGACAGCACCAUGGGCACCAAAGAUCAGCUGGAGCAGAGGUUGGAGACUGUCCAGGAUAUCCUGCUGCUGAAGGGAGAGGGAGAGGUGAAGUUGAACAUGGCCAUGGGAAAGGGUGAGCUUGCUUUGCGCAGUCAUGGAGCUCCAGGGCAAGAAGUGGUCAAGUCUCAGAUUCAGGAAGUGGAGGAUGCUUGGGCCACGCUGCUUGUUACAGCCAUGAGCUGCCACAGCCGGUUGGAGUGGACUGUGUCUCAGUGGAGUGGAUAUUUGGACAGUUCGAAGCAACUACGGUGCUGGAUGGAGGCUCUAGAGCGAGAUGUCAGCGCCCCUUUCACCCCUCAGCCUGGACCCAGAGAGAAGGCUGCUCAGCUGGACAGACUCAGGGCUCUGCUCUCGGAUCUCGAAGACCACCAGGUGGCACUGUCCAGCCUGGAAGAGAAAGCGCGGGAACUCUUCAAAAAGACCGGAGAUGCAAGCUUCAAUCACGGGGCCCGCACUAAAUUACAGGCACAGUUUGAUGAUCUUACGUCUCUGGUUGAGGGUAGGGUGAACCUUGCUCAGAGCAUCGUGCUGGAGCACCAGCAGUAUCUGGAGUCAGUGCGAGAGCUGACUGACUGGCUGAUGACAAGUGGAGAGGAGCUACAGCACUGGUCCGACACUUCUGGAGACUCCACAUCCAUCAAGAAGAAGCUCUCUGAAGUCAGGGAGCAAGUGGAGAGUCGUCUGUUAGAGGGACGCGAGCGUCUGAGCCGCGUGCGGCGCAGCGCUGCAGCCACAGCAGAACACACGGCGGCUGGAGGCUGCGAGGCCAUGGACCGCCAGCUGGGGGCGCUGUCACAUGCUCUGGAGCAGUGGGAGGGGGCUGCACUGAGGGCCAGAGACGGUUUAGAAGGAGCUCUGGCUUCUGCUGCAGCUUCAGAAGAAGAAUACGAGCUUCUGAUGAGCAGACUGGAACAGGAGCUGAAGGAGCUGGACCUCCGGCUGAGGGGGUGGAGCCAGGAUCUGAUCCGAGCCGAGGGGCGGAGCAGCGGCGAGGAGGCUGUGGGGGGCUGGCAGCUCGCGAAGGCACAUAGAGGUGGAGCCUGUCCCCUCCUCCGCUUUUCUCUCUCCUCCUCCCUCUCUCCUUUCGUAGAAUGUGAGCGGGAGAGUCCACUGCUCCUUCCUGUCAGCGAAGAGGAACAGAAAUGCUAUUGUACAAGACUAGCUGAGAUACUGGAGGGCUUGCAGAGCGCCGAGCCCAUGGCAGAGAAGUUGAAAAGCCAACUGAAUGACCUGGUGCGGUACUCCCAAGACAUCAGCUCCCAGUCGGACCGGGUGACUGCACUCAUCAAGCAGCACAACAGCUUGAGUCUGCGCGCAUCCAGGGAAUGUCAGAACAAGGAGCGUUUACUGGAGCAGAGGUUCAGGGCAGCGCUGCGAGACUUUCAGCAGUGGUUGGUCAAUGCCAAGAUCAGCACCGCCAAAUGUUUUGAUGUGCCACAAAGUGUUGCAGAGGCUUCCACCGCCUUACAGAGAAUACAAGAGUUCCUGAGUGACAGGGAGCAUGGUCAGGCCAGGCUGAGCACCGUGGGGGCUAGUGGAGAGCUGCUCAUGGCGGUGGUGUCCAAAGACAGAGUGGAGGGGCUCAAGGCCAAGGUGGAGAGCACGCGGGACGACUGGAAGAGCCUGAUGAAUAACUUACAAAUGAGGGAAGAUGCUCUCAAGAACCUUCAGGCUCAAAUGGGUGAGUUUGAGGCCAGUGCGGAGCCGCUGCACGACUGGCUGAGCAACACUGAGCUCAAAGUUCAAGAGAGCAGCACCCGCCUCCACGACCUGACCGCCAAGAGAGAGGAGCUCCGCAAACUGCAGUGCGUGCUGCAGGAGAUGUGUGGUCGCGAGGCGGAGCUGGCUCGGCUGAGAGAGAGUGCUCAUCGUCUCUGGGAGGGCCAGGCCGCGGGUAAAGGGUUUGUCCAUCGUGUGUCUCAGCUGUCUGCGCAAUAUCUGGCACUCAGCAAUUUAGCCAAGGAUAAAGCCUCCAGAAUUGAACGCAUCGUUGGGGAGCACCGUCUUUUCUCUCAGGGCCUAAAAGAGCUCCAGGACUGGGUGAGCGAGCGCCAGAUCAUCCUCAGCUCCUGCCUCUCUCCCACCACAGACAAGGCUGCACUGGAGGAGCGAAUGCUACAGCUAGAAGCGCUGCUGGCUGCUCGUCAAGAAAGGGAGAUCCAACUAAAGAUGCUGCUAACAAGAGGAGAGGCAGUCCAGAGAAAUACCUCGGCUGAGGGGGUCCCAGUCAUACGUAAACAGAUCCAGGACCUCAAAGACUCAUGGGACUCCCUGCUCUCCGCUGCCAUCCAGUGCAAAAGUCAAAUAGAGGGCGCUCUAUCGCAGUGGACCAGCUAUCAGGAAGACGUGGGUCAAUUUGUGCAGUGGAUGGACAGAGUGGAAGAAACGCUAAGCUGCUCAGACAGGCAAUAUUCAGAAAUGAGGGACAAGACUGCAAACCUGGGGAAAGCCAAGCUACUCUACGAGGAAGUGGUGAGUCACAGCAGUCCUUUGGAAACCAUUGCAUCAAAGGGAUCCAAUAUGGCAGAACACUACAAUACUCAUGAGGAGGUCCAGCAGCUAGAGUCGAGAUACAACAGCAUUACAGAGAAAGCCAAAAAUGCAGUGAGUAAAGCCAAAGGACUAGUGCAGGUGCAUCAGGAGUAUCAGCGAGCCCUGCAUGUGUUUGAAGACUGGCUCGAGCAGGAACAAGCCACAUUAGCAACUCUGUCCCACCCAGAAGGAAGCGUGGAUACUCUAGAGACCACAAUACAGCAGCUACAGACCCUGCAAGAGCAUUGUUCAAAGGGCCAGGCUCUGCUCUCCUCUGUGCUGACCUGCAGAGAGCGCGUUAUUCCAUGGGGCAUCCCGCAAAUAGAGGACCGGGCCCUGGACACCGCUCAGAGGGAGUGGGGUGUGUAUCAGGGUCGACUGGAGGAGACCCAAGCUCAGCUCAGAGCCACCCUGGGCAGAGUGAGGCAAAUGGGGCAGAAGUUCCUGAGUCUCGCCAAUUGGCUGGAGGAGAUGGAGAAGAUGGCAAACAUAAGGAGGCAUCGCAGGUCCGACAGAGAAACCAAAGAGGAUCAGCUCAAGAAUUUAAAGGGGUGUCUUGAGGAAGCGCUAACUCGACAGGAGGAGGUGGACGGACUCUCGCCGCUGGCCCAGCAGGUUUUAGAGGAGACCUACAUCAGCAGUCGUGUCAGUGUAACAGCGACACAGCUAACGGCCCGCUACCACUCCCUGCUGCUCAACAUGAAGGAGACAAUAAAACACCUUAAGGAGGAGCUGAAGAGCAUCGAUGAAGCCGAAAACCUUUGCAUCUCAUUUUCCGACUGGCUUGGCUCAACACAGAAAUCCUUCGCAACUUUAACCGAUAGCUCUGAACCUUUCGACCGCAUCACGAUGGAAAAAAAGAUGAAGAAGUUAGAGAACCUCCAGACUGAGCUGCAGCGUGGCCACAGUUACCUGAAGUCUCUGAGAGAGCGUGCAGAGCAGGCUGCUGGCUUCCUGGAUGAAGCUGGUGCUGAACAUUUAGGGGGGGAGGUGGAGGCCAGGCUGUCCCAGCUGGAGGAGCUGUCCAGCGCUCUGCGUCAAGAGCACAGUUUUCUGGACCGGGCCUUACUGCUGUCUAAAGAGUUCCAGGACCGCUACAAAGCCCAGGCCCAGUGGCUGGUGGAGACCCGGGCAGUGCUUGCAAACCCUGUGGAGCCCAAAGCCGAGCUGUACCAGAGGAGAGCUCAGCUGGCCAAGUAUAAGGUCCUGCUGCAGGUGGUCCAGUCCCACGAUGGAUCCGUCAGAGCAGUGGUGGAGAAAGGUGAUGCUCUGCUGGCAUCGGUCCAUUACCCUUCUGUCCGAGACAAGAUGAACAGGCUGCACAAGGACUAUUGUGACCUCUGCAACACUGCUAUGACUCAUGUGGAGAGUCUGGAAGUCCAAGUGAAGGAGCAGGAAACGUACCACAAUGAGCUGCAGGAAGUGGAACGCUGGCUUCUGCAAAUGUCGAGCAGGAUGGUGACUCCGGACCCCACUGUGGGGGGUAGUCUCGAGGCCGCCACCCAGCAACUGGCCAGACACAAGGCCAUAAUGGAGGAAAUUGCUGGUUUUGAAGAGCGUUUGUUGGGCCUGAAGGAGCGAGGAGACCACCUGGUACAUGGCUGCACUGAGCGUGUGCAGAACAGGCUGAGACAGCAGGUCCAGGCGCAUCAACAAGGCACCAGAGACAGCUACUCCGCAAUCUGCAGCACCGCGCAGAGGGUUUAUCAGAGUUUGGAUCAUGAGUUACAGCGACAUGUGAGUCUUCAGGAUGCUCUGCUGCAGUGCCAGAACUGGCUGACCUCUGUCCCCCAUGAACUGGAGCCGAACACACAAACUGCACUUAGUCUGGACGACGCACUACAGCAGGUGAAGCAGGAGCGGGCUCUUCAGGAACAGGCCAGCACGUACCUCCAGCUGCUGUGCUCCACCUGCGAUCUGUCUGAGCAAACCGUUCGAGAAACUGUUGCUGAAAUACAACAGGUCAAACUACAGAUUGAAGAUCGAAUGAUCCUUUGUGAAGAAACAGCAGACAGCUGGCGGGACAUUGAAGAGCAUAAGGCAGAUCUGGAAGUUCAAUUUAGAGAAACUGAGCAACAACUCCAAACUCUCUGCAGGAGACCUGCCGAACUGGAGCAGAAGAUUGCACAGAAUCAGCUGGACAAGGCCCAGGAGUUCCUCCUGCAGAUUCGUGAGAGGCAGUCAGAGGUAAACCAUCUGAAUGAGGCCGUGUGUCGGCUGACAGACAGGCAAAACUGCCCUGUCUCUGAAGAGAUAAAAAGGCUCAAGAAACUCUGGAUAGAGCUUGGCCAGCGAGCUGAGGAGCUGGAGGCUCAGAGAGGGGAGGACAUGCAGCGGAGUGGAGAGUACCAGGACAGUGUGGCCACUGUGGAGGAACUUUUCCAUCAAGUGUCUAGAGAGUGGGAUUAUCUCGCCAGAGCCGACACAGAAAGCACAAGUGAACAUCUGGAGGCACUCAGGAAGCUUUUCAGUGAUUUAGAGGAGCAGCAUACAACUCUUGAAGAGCUAAGAGACCAAAGGCAGGCCAUACUUCCUCGACUUAGUCUGUUGGACAAGGAGUUGGUAAAACAGCAGGUGUGCCAUCUGGAGCAGCGUUGGGCUCAACUAGAAUCUGUCAUUCAGCAGAAAAUCCAUGACUCUGCCCAGACACUGGAGGAUCUGGCUCGAGUGGAGACCCAGCUGAGGGAGGCGAGGGAGUGGGUGGAGGAGCAGAGGCCGGCUCUUACCUCUGCACUGAAAAGCAGCCCACCGCCUGAUGUGGCCCAAAGCUUCCUGUUUGACCAUCUGAGUGUUUGUGUGGAGCUGGAGGCUCGACAGCAGCUGCUCACUCAAGCUGUGAACGAGGCCCAGGCAGUGAUGCCUCGACUGGGACUUAGCGAGAAGAGAAACCUUCAAGAGCUGGUGGAACAGGCCCAAGGAGAGGUGGAGGCACUGGGGGUGCGAGUUACACAGAGGAGGAAGUAUCUCAGCAAAGCUUUCACAGAGAGGACACAGUUUCUUCAGGGCCUUGGCAGAGCGCUAGGCUGGAUCCAACAACAGGAAAAGAAAGCUCUGAUAGAUGACCACAUAGCUUUGCUACCUGAGGAUCUGACCAAACAGGGAUCAGUCUGUAGGGGUGUCCAGAGUAGUUUGAGAGAGUACCAGAGGGAAUUAGCCUCUCUGUGGGCACAGGCAAGGGAACUGGAGAGAGAUGCCACUGACAAAGAGAGGACAGAAACCAUGUCUAAACUUCAUGAGCUGCAGACAGUGUUUGAGGCUGUGCUUCAGAGCACUACUCGCAGACUCACGGACCUGGAAAAGGCUCUCACCUCCAGGAAGUACUUCCAGGUGGAUUUGGACAAAACUUGUCAGUGGUUGAGGCGGGCGGAUGCAAUCACCUUUCCAGAAAUCACUUCACAUAAUAUUGAAGAUUGUUCUGAGCUACAGACCCAACUAUCAAACUAUCAGGAAGUUCUGGAACAAGCCUCAGAGUAUGAGAACCUCCUGCUCAUUGUCCAAAGAAUUGGUCAGGAGAUCCUCCCAUCUCUGAAUGAGAUCGACCAUUGUUAUCUGGACGAGCGGCUGAAUGCUCUGCCUCAGCAGUAUAACAACAUCUUAGCUUUAGCCAAAGAGAAGAAAGACAGGGUCCAGCAAAGUAUCCAGGAGCGGAAGGAGUUCAGCACUUUUGUUGAUUUAACUCGAAAUGCACUUGAGGAGCUGCAGGAGAAGUUUGACAAUCUGGAAAAGCAGACUAUCAAAAUAAAUGAAAAAGAGAAUGAAAAGGUCUUCACAGACGUGGUGAACGUUGAAAAGUGGUUGGAGAAGAUCAAGUCUAAACUGGACGAGCCUGUGGUCCUCUUGGAGGUCACAGUUAAUCAUGUACUUGUGCAACUAUGGAGACUGAAAGCCAUUGAAGAGGAAACAAAGAGAAGUUUCAGGAUUGCAGCAGAAACCUUUAAAACACACCCAGAGAAGAAACUGGCAAAGAUGCGAGAAGCAAUCCAACAAUCAAUACACAAAAAACAGCUGGCUGUGGAUGAGGCUCAUUCCCUGGUCCAGAGGCACCACUUAUCUCUGCAGUCUGCACAGAAAUGGGUGGACUGCGCCGCUGCGUUUCUCCAAAGGGCCAACGCAGGGUUAGAGCUGGAAAACCACACAGACUGGAUGCAAGACCUAGAAGAAAUUACAGCUCAGGAAAAGGACUUAACAGCUGCUUUAGACGAGCUGCAAAUUGUGGACCCUCUGCUUGUAAAAAUUGUUGAUUCGGUGGAGAUGAGAAAAGUCCAUGAGCAAGUAGAAGCAAUCAAGUUGAGAAAAGUAGAGGCGAAUCAGCUAUUGGAUGUGCACCGGAACACACUAAAAAGGUGUGGAGAUUUGUGGACCUCCUUUCAAAGAGAAACAGAUUCACUCAUAGAACAAAUGAAUGAUAUUGAGAGCAAGAUGACUUCAUUCACAACAGCCACAUCCACCAGUCUACACAUGGCAGAGGACAAGUGCCAACGAUAUAAGUCGCUAAUUGCUCACUUGGAUCUUUUGGAAGUGCCUUUAAAUGCUGUGAAGGACAUCCUUAAAGAGUUGGAGGACAUCAUUUAUGACUCCAGUGGCGCCAUCGUUGCCAGCCUCAACGUCUCAGCGCUAUGGCAACGCUGGACCAAGAUGUGCAGUAUGGCUCGGGCCCAGGAGAGGGCGCUCGAGGACACAACAAGAGAGUGGAGAAAUUUUAUGGAAAAGAUGGAGAAGGUGCAGUCUGUGUAUGAGGACCUCCGUGGCAGAGUCCCAGACAGCACAGUGGAGAAAGCGGCCACCAGGGCGGCGCUGCAGAGCCUCCUGGAGUACCACGACUCUUUCAGUGUGGAGCUGGAGAGAGAGCAGUCCAUUCUAGCCCUGCUCAGUCAGCUGACUCUGGGCCUCAAAGGAGAGAGGCUGCACCAGGACGAGAAAACUGAGAAUGGACACGACCAGACGCAGUGGCUGAAUCAGAUCAGUGAUUACCAGGAGAAAUAUGAAAGCCUACUGCAACAGGUGCGGACCAGUCGGACACAGGUCCAACAGGAGUUGAGGGAGCGGGAGGAGGUGGAGAAGGAGCUUGGACUGGUCAAAGGCUGGAUUCAGGACACGCGUGGUCUGCUGCUAAGCCCCACCGCUGACCUGGACUCUCUGCUGCAGGAGCUGGAGACAGCUCAUGGUGAAGUCGUCAGUAGGCGCCAGAGUGUGGAACGUAUCACGGAGCUGCAGCAGUCCAAGUACCAGGAGCUCCGGGGCGGUCUCCCCUCAGAGCUCAGUAUGCAGCUGGCUGAAGUGGCACUGGCUCUGGGCUCCGCGGAAGAUCAGGUCCAAGCCAGAGAAAGGGAGGUGCAGCAAACCAGAGACGUCAAACAAGACUUCACCUCCAGACUGCAAGACAUGGAGACAAAACUGAAGACUGUGGCCCUAAAACUGGACAACAAGUGUGGAGAUCUGGAGGAGGCCAAAGAAGAGACCAAAGCCAUCUGUGAGGAGUGUGAAUGCUGCGGUCGCACUCUGGGGGAGUUGGGGGUUGCGGUGCAGGAAUUCGGAGAGCAGAACCCUCUCUUGUGUAAACAGCUGGGAGACGCUGUGACCAAACUCAUGGAGGUGCAGCGGCACACGGCACAACAAAUCCAAGACAGGUCCAACAGACUGAAGAAGGCGGAGAGACAAAUGGAAGACUACCAGAGCAUGAAGUCGUUCAUCCUGUCGUGGAUCGAGAAAGCCGAAUGUAUGGUCAGUGGCAACAUCAUCUGGAGCUCUGCAUCACAGCUGCAGGAGCAGAUCCGUGCACACCAGGCACUGCUCCGGGAGUGCAGGGGUCUCCAUGGCGACCUGGAGGCCAUGCUCGAGCGGGAGGGGCAUCUGGGGGAAGUGCUGCAAACGCACAGGUGGAUGCAGCAGGUGAGAUAUCUGAGCCGGCAAACAGAGGAGCUGCAGCAGACGGCCAGGACCCGACUACAGAGCCUUCAAGACGCAGCAAAGGAUAUGCUGCGUUUGGAGGCAGAGAUGAAGAGUCUCCACACUGCUGUAGACCAGGUCCAGAUCACACUUGCAUCUCCAGAUCUGAACCGGCUGAGCCUCAGAGAGCAGCUUACUCAAAGACAACGUGUUCUUGUGGAGAUGGAGAGCUUCAAGCAGCAGGUAGCAGCAGUCCAGCAGUGUCAGAGCGCCCUCCGGCUGCCAGAGGAGGCAGUGGCCAGUCUCCCCAUCUGUCGAACUGCACAAACUCUGCAGCAAGAGGCCAGCCAUCUGCAGCACACAACCAUCCAGCAGUGCAACAUCCUGCAGGAGGCUGUGGUGCAGUAUGAGCAGUAUGAACAGGAAGUGAAGAAUCUCCAGAGACUGAUAGAAGAAGCUCAUCGCAUCAUUCAGGACCGUCCCGUCUCCACCAGCAACAUCCAGGAACUGCAGGCUCAGAUUCACCACCACGAGGAGCUGGCUCAGAAAAUCCGAGGCUACCAGGAGCAGAUCGCUGCACUUCACUCCAAGUGUAAGAUGUUGACAGUGAAAGCCAAACAUGCCACGAUGCUGCUGACCGUGAGUGAGGUGGAAGGUCUCUCCGACGGCGUGGACGAGCUCAGUGAUGAUGAACUGCCCAACGCUGUCAGCAAUGGGACCAGCUCCAAGCAGCCUGCUCACCCCUCAGUCGUCAUGAUGACAGCAGGCCGCUGCCACACACUUCUCUCCCCUGUCACAGAAGAAUCAGGGGAGGAAGGCACCAACAGUGAGGUCUCCUCUCCCCCUGCGUGCCGCUCCCCCUCCCCAGGGGCAAAUGGGGACGCUACUCUUAACCAGGCGCGAGGGAACCUUAGUCGUGCUCCUCUCCAAGAACUGUAUGAUCCGUCACUGGAAACAAAUGCUGCAAACCUGGAUGAUCUGCAGAGGUCCUGGGAAACAUUAAAGAACGUGAUCAGUGAAAAGCAGAAGAGUUUAUAUGAGGCCUUGGAGAGACAGCAGCACUACCAAGAGUCUCUACAGUCCAUUUCCUCUAAGAUGGAGUCCAUUGAAUCAGCGCUCAAUGAGAGUUUGGAGCCCAACAAGAGCCCGGAAAGCCAGAUGGCCGCACAUCAGGCGCUCAUGGAUGAGAUACUGAUGCUGCAGGAGGAAAUAGGAGAGUUACAAACAUGUUUUUCCGAGGAGCUGGGAGACAGUGACAGUGAUGGGGAACCAGGAGACCAGCUGGCUCUGCAUUCCACUCUCACCGUGCUCGGAGAAAGAAUGGCAACCAUCAGAAUGAAGGCUUCUGGAAAGCGGCAACUGCUAGAGGAGAGGCUGAGUGAGCAGCUGGAGGAGCAGCGGCAGGAGCAGGCCUUACAGAGGUACCACAGUGAGGCUGAAGAGCUGGACCACUGGCUCCUCAGCACUCGAGCCACCCUCAGCUCAGCUCUCCAGCUCCACAGUGAAGACCUGGACAUGGAGGAGCAGCUCAUGGAUUGUCAGAACAUGCUUUUUGAGAUCGAGCAGAAGGUGUCGUAUCUGUCGGAGCUGUCGGUCCACAGCGAGAGUUUGCUGUUGGAGGGACGAGCAGAGACGAAAGGAGAGGCUGAGCAGCUGUCUUUAAAACUGCGCUCCCUCAAAGACAGCCUCCUCGAGCUGCAGCAGAUGUUACAAGACAAGCAGGUUGACAUACAGGGUUCACUGCAGGAACAGGAGGAGAGUGAAGCGAGUUCUUCCUUGUCCCAGAGUCCAAAUGUCCAAGACUGGCUUUCCCAGGCCAGGUCUUCCCGUACACAGCAGCAUCAUGACAACCUGCUGCGACAAAGGGAACUGCAGGCACAGGUCUCUGAACAGAAGAGACUGCUGCAGUCUGUGGCAAUAGUCGGGGAAGAGGUUCUCAAUCAGACUACACCCAACGGGGACAGCGAAAUGUGUGUCCCAGGAGGAGUUUUACUUGAGGCAGAAAACGUGUCUCCCCUGGAUCAGCUGCGGCAGCGCUGGGAAAACCUCAACAAGGAUCAAAGCACAAAACUGCAGCUGUCUCUGAACUCUCUGGAACAGGAGCAACUCAGUCCAGUCCUCCAUUGGUCCCGUUUGUCGAGUCCUAGUGUUGUUUUCAGAAGUGAUGUUUUGACUCAAGACGCCAAGUCUCCGAAAUCAUUGUUUCAAACCUGCAACCAGACUCUUGAAAGGCUAGACCAAGAGGCUGCAGGGGACAGUAGAUCGUCUUUGGGAGGAGCGUCUGUCCAGCAGGAUCUGUACAGUGCUGUGUCAGCGGCCUCGUCCUGGCUCGAUGCUGCGGAGAACCAGCUGCUCUCUGGGCCUGUGCUUCUGUCAGAAGACACAGAGAUGCAGCUCACACAUCUAGAGGGUUUGACGAAGCAGUUGAAGGACAUGAGCCAUGAGGUGAACCAGUGCAGGGACCUGUUGGGCGGGUGUGCGGGCCGAGUGUGUGGAGGAGAUGACCGGGUGCUGAUGGAGGACACUCUGGAGGGGCUGCAGGAGAGGAUGGGGCUGCUGGACUCUACCCUGGAGCAACACUGUGAUGGGAUGAGGGACAAGCUGCAGGACCACUCCACUUUCCAGAGUGAACUGAGAAUGAUGUUUACUGCCUUAAGUGAAAGCAAGCACCAACUCUUGCAGAAAGUGGCCGGCACAGUGGACAGACCAGCAGCAAAACAAAUUGAGACCUUAUCAGAGGUGGAGGACAGCCUGAAGGAGUUUGAACAGCGUGUCAUGGAACUUAAAGCCAAAGCAGAGGGUCUCCAGGGUGAUCAAAUAUCCAAUCAGGAUUUACUAAAACUUCAGGACAUGUAUGAAGAGCUGGUUCUGAUGGUAGGAUCACGCCGCAGCAGCCUUAACCACGGUCUGUCCUUAAAAGCCCAGUAUGAAGCCGCUCUCAGGGACCUGUCUGAGCUGGUGGACACUGCUCAGGACAAAAUGGCGGCCGACCAGAAAAUGACUGCGGCUUCGGUCAUUGAAGUACAGAUGUUACUAGACAAACACAAGGAGUUUUUCCAGGGUUUGGAAAGCCACAUGAUCCUCACACAGACAUUAUACAGUAAAGUAUCUGGGUUGAUGGCGCAAAGGGAAAGCCAGUAUUUGGAUGAGACGAUGACUUCAGCUCAAAGUGUGUUAAAACAAGCUCACAGGCGAGGGGUGGAGCUGGAAGGCAUUUUAGAGUCAUGGAGCAGGCUGGUGGAGGAUUACCAGGAGCUGUGUAAGCAACUGGAAGCUGUUGAGUCCAGUAUACCGGCUGUGGCUCUGGUGGAGGAAACCGAGGAGAGGCUGACUGAAAGAAUCUGUCUGUUCCAGCGGCUGAAGGGCAGUCUGACGGAGCACCAGCCGCAGCUGUACCAGGUGCUGGAGGAGGGCAAACGGCUCCUCUUGUCCGUGGGUUGUUCAGACUUGGAGAACCAACUCACACAGCUGGGGGACCACUGGCUCUCGUCCACCACCAAAGUCAACAAGGAGCUGCACCGCCUGGACUCCACACUCAAACACUGGAGCAGGUACCAGGCGGAGUCGGCUGAGUUGAGUCAGUGGUUGCAGUCGGCUCUCAGUCGACUCGAGUUUUGGACGACACGGUCUGUUACUGUUCCUCAAGAGCUGGAGAACGUCAGAGACCACCUUUAUGCUUUCCUUGAGUUUUCCAAAGAAGUUGAUGCCAAGUCUUCGCUGCGGUCGUUAGUAUUGAGCACCGGCAACCAGCUCCUCAGACUCAAACGUGUGGACACAGCUGGUUUGAGGACAGCCCUGGGGCACAUAGACACUCAGUGGGCCGAGCUCCUCACCCGAAUCCCAGUCGUGCAGGAAAAACUUCACCAGCUGCAAAUGGAGAAGCUGGCCUCGCGUCAUGCCAUCACAGAGCUCAUGAGCUGGAUCUCUGUCAUGGAGAAUAUAAUAGAAGAGGAUCAAAGCAUGAUUUCAGAAGUCGUGGGUUCAGACAAAGUAGAGUGCUUUUUACAAAAAUAUAAGGGUUUCCGUAUAGAUUUGACUUGUAAGCAGCUCACCGUGGACUUUGUGAACCAGUCUGUGCUGCAGAUUAGCAGUCAGGAUGUGGAGGGAAAACGCAGCGAUAAGACGGAUUUUGCAGAGAAGCUGGGAGCGAUGAACAGAAGGUGGCAGAUACUGCAGGGGUUAAUUGCAGAGAAGAUUCAGCUGUUGGAAGGACUCAUAGAAAGUUGGCUCGAGCACGAGAAUGGAGUUCAGGCCUUGCAAACCUGGCUCACUUUACAGGAAGAGAAACUAAAGAAGAAACACAGAAUAGAGGAUGUGGCAUCGGUUCAGAAUGCACUUAAGGACUGUCAGGAGUUAGAGGAAUUACUGAAGGAAAAAGAGAAGGAUCGGGAGAAAGUAGUCGAACGUGGAAAUGCACUUAUUCAGAGCCGGAAAGAAGAGGCUUGUGCUGCUGUCAGAGAGACCCUCAAGAAGCUCAACCAGUCUUGGACCCAGCUGGACCACAUGAUAAGUCAGAUGAAGGGGAGUUUGAAGUUAGUAUUGGACCAGUGGAUCUUAUAUCGAAGAGCAGCAGAGGAGAUCAAUGGAUACCUGAUGGAGGGCAGGUACUCUGUGUCCAGGCUGCACCUCCUCAACGGGUCUCUCGAGGCCGUCCAGCUGCAAGUGGAGAGUCUGGAGAAUUUGCAAGAGGAGUUGGAAAAGCAAGAGAGCAGUUUGAGAAAGUUUGGGACCGUAACACAACAGCUGUUAACAGAGUGUCACCGAUCCGUAGCGGAAACUUUAAACCAGGCUCUAGUGGACGUUAACAUUAGGUGGAAUGGUCUACUUGAGCAGAUAUCAGAGCAGCUAAGGAGCAGUAAGGCACUUUUGGGUUUGUGGCAACAAUAUAAGACGUUGUACAACCAGUGUGUGAGCACAGUUCAGAAACAAGAACAGAGGGCGGAUCGUCUGCUCAAGAGUGCCACCGACAAGGAGAUCUCAGAGGACGAGAAUCAAACGUGGAUAAAGGAUUGUGAUGACUGUCUGAGUGGCCAGGCCUCAGUGCAAGAGUCUCUUCAGCAGCUGCAGGCUUUGGGACAACAACUGAAGAGCCAAGUGGACUCGUCGUCCUCUGCAGCUCUCCAGACAGACCACCUGUCCCUAUCACACCGAUUAGCAAUGCUGGAGCACUCCCUUCACCGACAGCAAGAAGUACUGCAGUGUGGCUCUCAAUCUUGUGAAACUUUCCGAGAGCAGUUGAACACAUUGGUCAGAAAAGCAGAAGAGGCAGAGAAGGUUUUGAAGGAGCCUGACCCCACGGCUCUGUCAGACUUGAAUACUCUCCAGACACAUAUGGACAAACUCAAGAUUGAGCUGUUGAAGUUGAGUAGUCUUGCAGCAGACUUGGAGCGUGUGAAUGAUGUGGUUUACCGACUGCCUGUCAGUGACACCGAUAUCAAACAGCUGCAGAGUCUCAACAGAUCCUGGGCUGCUCACUCUGCCCACCUCACUGAGAGAUUCAGCAAACUGCAAGCCAUGAUGCUGCAGCAUCAGAGCUUCCUCCAGAAGUGUGAGAAGUGGAUGGAUUUCCUGUCCCAGACUGAACAGAAACUUGCUGCUGAGAUUUCAGGCAACUACCAAAGUCUGCUGGAGCAACAAAGAGACCAUGAGCUUUUCCAGGCCGAAAUGUUCAGUCGGCAGCAAAUUCUAUAUUCGAUCAUCAGUGAUGGGCAUCGUAUGUUAGACCAGGGACAAGUGGAUGACAGGGAUGACUUCAGUGUGAAGUUAGCCCUGCUUGGUAACCAGUGGCAGUGUGUGGUGAGGCGUGCUCAGCAGAGGAGGGGUAUCAUCGAUAGCUUGGUGCGACAUUGGCAGAAUUACAAAGAAACAUCAGAAAAACUGCAGCGAUGGCUCCAGGAAGUUUCCCAUGAACCGGACCUUCACCAGACUGGGGAGUGUGUGGCCUUACAGCAGGCUAGAAACCUGUUAGAUCAGAUACAGCUUAGAGAGCGGGUACUCCACCGACAGCAGGGGGUCUACAUCCUCACUGUGGAGGCGGGGCGGAGUCUGCUCAUGUCGGCCGAUGCCCAGGCUGAGUCCAGGCUCCAGACCGAGCUCAUGGAGAUCCAGGACAAGUGGAGGCACGCCCACCAGCGCCUGGACCAGCAGAGGAGAGAGCUGCAUGGGCUUCUCAAGAAUUGGGACAGAUGUGAGAAGGGAAUAGAUGCCUCCCUGGAGAAGUUGAGAGCCUUUAAGAGAAAGCUGUCUGGGCCUCUACCCGACCAUCACGAGGAGCUUCACGCCGAGCAAAUCCGAUGCAAGGAGUUGGAGAACACCGUGGAGGGCUGGGCAGACGACCUCACUUCCUUGUUCAUGUUUAGGGAUUCGUUGGGGGGUGUGGUCAGUCCUGAUGACAUCACAGUCCUCCAGCAGCGCCUCCAGCUGCUCCAGCGUCAGUGGGAGGAGGUGUGUCAUCAGCUUUCCCUGCGGCGACAGCAGGUGACUGAAAAGUUAAAUGAGUGGGCCGUGUUCAAUGAGAAGAACAAGGAGCUGUGUGAAUGGCUCACACAGAUGGAGAGCAAGGUCUCUCAGAACGGAGACAUCAGCAUUGAAGAGAUGAUUGAAAAGCUGCGCAAGGACUAUCAGGAGGAGAUCAGUGUGGCUCAGGAAAACAAGCAGCAGCUGGAGGUGAUGGGCGAGCGCCUGGCAAGGGCCAGUCAGGACAACAAGGCCUCUGACAUUCAGCACAAACUCAGCAAAGUCAGUGAGCGCUGGCAACAUCUGCUCGACCUCAUCGCUGCGCGGGUGAAGAAGCUGAGAGAGACCCUUGUGGCCGUGCAGCAGCUGGACAAAAACAUGAGCAGUCUUCGCUCGUGGCUUUCUCACAUCGAGACAGAGCUGUCCAGGCCCAUCGUCUACGACACCUGUGACGACCAGGAGAUCCAGAGGAAACUCAACCAGCAGCAGGAUCUGCAGAGGGACAUUGAGAAGCACAGCACUGGUGUGGCCUCGGUCCUAAACCUCUGUGAGGUUCUGCUGCAUGACUGUGACGCUUGUUCCACUGAGACCGAGUGUGACUCCAUCCAACAGGCCACCAGGGGCCUGGACCGCCGCUGGAGGAACAUCUGUGCCAUGUCCAUGGAGAGGAGGCUUAAGAUCGAGGAAACCUGGAGAUUGUGGCAAAAGUUCCUGGACGAUUUCUCUCGGUUUGAAGAUUGGUUGAAAACAUCAGAGAGAACAGCUGCUCUGCCAAAUUCCUCUGGAGUCCUGUAUACUGUAGCCAAAGAGGAAAUGAAGAAAUUUGAGGCGUUCCAGCGACAGGUGCAGGAGUGCCUCACGCAGCUGGAGCUCAUCAACAAACAGUAUCGGCGUCUGGCCCGGGAAAACCGCACUGACUCCUCCUGCCGUCUCCGAGAAAUGGUGCACAACGGGAACCGGCGCUGGGACAACCUGCAGAAGAGGGUCACUGCGAUUCUGCGAAGACUUAAGCAUUUCAUAGGUCAGAGGGAGGAGUUUGAAACAGCUAGAGACAGUAUCCUUGUGUGGCUCACAGAGAUGGACCUUCAACUGACGAACAUCGAGCACUUCUCUGAAUGUGAUGUUCAAGCCAAGAUCAAACAACUCAGAGCGUUCCAGCAGGAGAUCUACCUGAACACUGGGAAGAUAGAGAUGGUGUUCAGACACGGAGAGGCUCUGAUAGAGAAGAGUGAGCCACUAGACGCCGCGGUCAUCGAGGAGGAACUGGAGGAACUGCAGAGAUACUGUCAGGAGGUGUUCGGACGAGUGGAGCGCUACUACAAGAAGCUCACUCGGCUGCCUCUGGCGGAUGAAGACCUGGACUGUUCGGACAGAGAGCUGGACCUGGAGGAGGGUCCAGAGCUACAGUGGUCUGACUCUCCGGGUCCUCGGGCCUCCAGUCGACCGGCCUCAGGCACUGCGCCCCUCCUGAGGGCAGAGCGAUCAGGCCGGGACACUCCCGCCAGUGUGGACUCCAUCCCUCUGGAGUGGGACCACGACUACGACCUGAGCCGAGGUCUGGAGAGUCCAGGGGGGAACACGCAAGACCAUGACCAAGAGGGUGAGGAGGAGUACCUCAGGACGGCCUCCACUGUGCUUUCAGAUGUAGUAAUUCCUGAGAGUCCAGAGGCCUAUAUUAAACUGACUGAGAAAACUUUGAAAUCCACAUCUGGAGAUGCGGCUCAGCUGGAGGCCAGUCUGAGGCAGCUGGACCAGGCUCUGGACGCAGGACGCUACCACCUACAGCAAAGGGAGGCCAGCGCCAACCGGAGCAGCCCGGACUCCACCUAUAUGGGCUAUAUGCGUCUGAUGGGAGAAUGCCGGGGAAGUAUUGACGCCGUUAAACGAGCAGAGGGAGAACUGACUGAUGACGAAGAUGAUGUUCCCGGAUUUAACAACCCCAACAACGCGGACCCUCAGAGCUCUGGUGUGAUCGAGCGCUGGGAGCUGAUCCAAGCGCAGUCCCUCAGUGAGAAGCACCGGUGCAAACAGAACCUGCAGCAGUGGCAGGAGCUGAUCUCAGAUCUGCAGACCAUGAGGGCGUGGCUGGGUCAGUGCGAGGCAGAACUCAGUCAGCUGCGAGGACAACGCCAAAGCACCGACAUCCACACCAUACAGCAGAGGAUCAAGAAGCUCAAGGAUCUGCAGAAGGGAAUGGACGUGCACAAAUCCGAGGUGCUGUCCAUCAACCUGAGCAGCGCGGACUUCCUUCAGUCGGAGCCGGACUCAGAGGAGGCCUGGGAGUUGCGCGACGGCCUCAAAGAGAUGAACGCUCGCUGGGACCACCUCGGCACGUCUCUGGAGGACUGGAGGAGUGAACUGCAGAGGGCGCUGUUGCAAUGCCAGGAGUUUCAUGAACUGAGCCACGGCCUGCUGCUCUGGUUGGAGAACAUCGAUCGCAGAAGAAACGAGGUCGUGCCCAUUCCUCCGAAAGUAAACAGUGAAACGUUACAAGCUCAUCACAAAACCCUCAGCCAAAUAAAGGGUGAGCUGUUGGACUCCCAGCAGAAGGUGGGGUCUCUGCAGGAUCUGUCCGCUCAGCUCUUGGUCCACACCAGACCCCCAGGUGUAGGGUCUCUGUCCCGGGACAUGGAGCAGCUGCAGGCUCAGGGCAGCGAGUGUCUGGAGGCGCAGGAGAAAGUGCACGUGAUCUGGAACCGACUGAAGCUGCUGCUGAGGGAGGUGAGCUGUGAUCUGGAAGAGCUGGAGACCAGACUGGAGGCGGAUCACUCACAACAGGAUGUCGUACCGUCGCCUGUCGCCAAAGUGGAGACCAUUCAUUUAGCCGAGACUGUGUCAGAAGUCGUCCAUCAGAAACCACUAACGCCGCGAGGUAAAAGUAGUCAGACCCACCCGGGACCCCCCGAGAGCAGACCGCGCCACAGCCGGGGGAAAUCACGCGGCGUCGCUGGCUGCGCUUCCUCCCGUUCUGACUUCCCAGACUCCGCCUCCUCCUCCCGGCCGUCGUUCAUGCUGCGUGUGCUACGGGCGGCGCUCCCCGUCCAGCUGCUCCUGCUGCUGCUCAUCGGCCUGGCCUGCCUCGUGCCCAUGACAGAGCAGGACUACAGCUGCCAUCACGCCAACAACUUUGCCCGCUCCUUCCACCCCAUGCUGCGCUACACCAACGGACCUCCGCCCAUCUGA